CCCACAUCUGCCAACAAUCCCACAUUUGCUUACAACUGUUCUACCCUUUCUGACCCUUUCUCGCACGCACGGACCGUAUAUAACCGGGUAUUCCUAAGCGAUUCCCUUGCUGAGCGAUCUGAGACUUUUCGGCAUCUCCAGUCGGCAGCAAGUUGUUGCUUGUUCAGCGGACUAUAUUAUCUCCUCACUGGCGCUCAUCUUCUCUCCGUCCUCUGCUCGGUAUUACCUUCUAGAUAUAUACCCCAAGCUACCGCAUCAACAAGCGCACAACGAUGUCUCUUCAAUCUCUAGCAAUGCCCCUAGUGGGCGGGCUCAUGAUCGGCUCAUCAGCAUACCACCUUCUCGCUCUAGACGGCAAGAUCAUGGGUGCAAGUGGGAUCCUCCACUCCACAGUCCGCUACUUCAAGACCCAGUUCCCUGCGCUCCCGGACAAGGAUACGGCAUGGAAACUCGCUUUCGCAGCUGGGGGAGCAACGGCCGGGGCGAUACUGCAUAUCUGUGGGCAGGCGCUCUCGGCCAGGCUUGGGAUCACACUCUUUGAUCCGCAAGUCGAGUCUUGGGCGCUAAGUGCCGUGGCUGGUUUGCUAGUAGGCAUCGGUACAAAGCUCGGUGGUGGGUGCACUUCCGGACACAUGAUAUGCGGACUAUCACGCCUCUCCCCGCGGUCCAUCGUCGCAACCCUAGUCUUCUUCCCCACCGCCGUCCUCGUCUCCAACAUGCUCGGUACAGCCCCUCCUCCAUCCCCAACAGCCGUCCUCCCCCCACUAGAAAUUUCCCUCCCCAUCGUCGCCGCGCUCCAAAUCCCCUUCCUCAUCUACCGUUUCGUGCACAACAAAGUCAUCUCCUCCUUCGCCAUUGGUGCCCACUUCUCCCUCGGCCUUGCGCUCUCAGGCAUGCUCCGCGCCUCCGCCGUACUGGGGUUCAUGUCCCUCCCCCUCCCGUUCCCGCCAUUCGACCGCCGCCCGUGGGACCCUUCGCUCCUCAUGGUUGUCGUUGGCGCACUCAUCCCGAACUUUGUCGCAUAUCAAUGGCAUAUUAGGCACUUGCACAAGCCGGAGAGGGCGGAGAAGUUCGACAUCCCUACGAAGAAGGAGAUUGACCUUAAGCUUGUUGGGGGGGCAAUGCUCUUCGGUAUCGGAUGGGGGCUUUCCGGUAUCUGCCCAGGACCGGGUCUGGUGACAUUCUCUGUCAACCCACUGGCAGCAACGGCGGCCGGGUGGAUGGUGGGUAUGCUCCUUGGCGGGCAGCUGGUCUAGAGUUAGACUAGAGUAGAGCACAUCUUUUCUUGGGACAAUGUAGACAUAG